ACAUUCGCGACAGGCAAGAAAUCAAACAAACAAUUGCUGCGCUGUGCUGCACCCCGCGAACGAGAGUAAGUCGUCCAUCCGACUCCCAUCACCUCUACUUGUGACCGACCUUGAGUCUUGUAUGCGCACUCACACCCUCACCGACCAGAAACAGAACCAUCGGACGCUGCGAAAAUUAAUAAGCUAACGUAGCCAGAGGCAUCCGAUAGGAGUGCUCCCCAGCUAGCUGUCGACGACAACAACGACAAUGGCCGAAAAGAGCGAAAAGAUCACCGAAGAGCAGGUCGCAGCUCUUCAAGCCAUCCUGCGAAGCGAUGCGAUCAUUGAUACCAAGGUCGCUCACAUCACCAGUGCCAAAUCCGUCAUCAAGCGCAACAAUGUACCAGAGGUCUGCAUCGUGCCCCUCUUUGAGGCAGUUCGGACGGCCAUGGCAUCUCAGCAUGCGCAAAUCGUCCAAGCUGGAUUCUCGACCCUAAGUAACCUGCUGGAGCGACUGUCAAGACAGGAACCAAAAUAUGUGUUCAAGGAAGCUGGUCGGACGUUGCCUCUGGUCAUUGACAAACUCGGCGAUCCCAAGGAAAAGUACCGAUCCCUUGCUGCGACAUGCCUCACUACUUUCUGGAAGGUCGCGCCAUUGGAAGUGGAGCGCAUAGUGAAGAACGCUGGUCUAGUGGGAAAGAAUCCAAGAAUGAAAGAAGCUUCAAUGGCUUGGGUCAUGGAGGUAUGAAUCAUAGUCGCUUGAGAACACGCGGACCUUGGUCGCUGACCCCUUUAGAUGCAUCAAACAAAUGGCAUGGCCUUCAAGUCCUUUGUCACUACGUUAAUGGACCUGCUUGAGGAUGCGGAUGGUAUGGUCAGAGAUGCUGCCAGAGUUACCGUCAUUACACUUUUUCAGUCGGUUUGCCAAAUCCUACAAUUAUAUCCAUGUACUGACAUCAUACCAGAAAUGCGCCAAAUGGUGCCAAAUCAGACCUCAAGAAGCAAUUGAAGAAUUUCAACGUUCGUCCAGCUAUCGUUUCUACAAUUACCACCGCGAUAGAACAGGGCAUCUCAGCUGAAGUCGAGGAACCCGCUGAAGCUCCAGCAAGACCACAUCUCCUCAAGGCCUCUACUGCCAGACCUGCAACGCCAGUAUUAGACGCAAAAAUUGAACAUGUGGAUCCAGCUUAUGUAAAUACCGCCAGAGAAUUAGACGAAACUUUGAAGGAUAUGCAUCCAUGUUUCGAGGGCAAGGAAUCGGAGCAAAAUUGGUUGGCCAGAGAAAAGUCCUGCACCAAGAUUCGACGACUAAAUGCCGGGAAUGCCCCACAAGACUACCGUGAUGUUUUCCUUGUAGGUAUCAAAAGUCUCCUAGACGGUAUCCUCAAGGCAGUAAACUCUCUACGAACGAGUCUUUCAAAAGAAGGAUGUAGUCUGAUUCAAGAAGUCACAAGAACGAAUGGCAGCGGAAUGGAUUCUAUGGUGGAAAUUCUUCUCCAGAAUCUGAUCAAGUUGUGUGGUGGAACGAAGAAGAUCAGUUCGCAAAAUGGUAAUAUUACAGUCGAUAUUAUCAUCGGCAAGGUCACUUUUAAUGCGCGCAUUAUGCAACAUAUCUGGCUUGCGUGUCAAGAUAAGAAUGUGCAGCCUCGAACGUACGCUACUGGUUGGUUGAAGACUUUACUCAAAAAGGAGGCUCAUCACAGAAGUCAACUCGAGCAUGGUGGCAGUUUAGAUUUGAUUGAGAAGUGUCUUAAGAAGGGGCUGGCAGAUGCGAAUGCUGCGGUCCGAGAAAAUAUGAGAUCAACAUAUUGGGCAUUUGCGCAGAUCUGGCCAGCCAGAGCUGAAGCGUAAGAAAUAGAGACACCACGUUAUCCAUUCAUGGCUAACACACGAAAUAGUAUCAUGGCUACUCUCGAGCCAACCCAGCAAAGACUGUUAGAAAAUGCACCAGAUAAUCCAAACUCUCCCAAAAAGCCAGAAGUAGCUGCGAGACCUGGACUUGGAUUUUCCAAGAGCACCAACGGUCCACCCAAGCCUUCAGUCAGAGAUACGAUCCUUGCUCAAAGAAAGGCAGCCCUGGCAAACAAGCAACCAGCGAGACCAACAUCCGCAAUGGCAAAUCUGUCACCGGUUCGUCAUGUAUCGAAUCCAAAAUCUCACGUCUCCGAUGCACCUGUUCGAGGAAGACCGGAUAGACCCGAAUCAACUGCUACUGUACCUCACAGCGGAUUAUCAGUUGCUCCAAUGAGACCUUCCAAACGUCCUGGUCCUCGUCCAGAGAUGGCUGCUAGACCAGCUACUGCUGGCCCCUAUUCUGUUAGACGUCAUGGUCAUACAAAUAGCACCGACGCCACUUCAAGUCCAACCAACGUCAAAACAGUAAAAGGAAGGACACCAAGUGCUGCAGCCCCGAAGGAGACCACCCCAAAGCGUAUGCCUCCUAGGCCCAACACCAGUCAUUCUAGUCACACCACAAACUCUCAUCAUGUCAGCCCUCCAAGAAGUACCAAGAGUACUAAUUCAACAAAGUCUGGGGUUGGUAAAGCUGCUUCGUCACCGAUAUUACCCAGAUCUAGCCCACCAAAAGCAAGUCCCAAACUAAGACUCCUGACCACCAAGACAAUGGGAUCGAGUCCAGUAGGAAAUGAUGAGAAUAUUACCCUGGUUGUACCAAAGUUGUCUGGUUUGAGAGAAACUCACCCCAAGCCCUCACCAACGGACUCGUCCGAUGAAGAGCAAUUAUCAACCCCUUCGAAAGGCUUGAAAGUUUACGAGGAUCCAUUUUCUAGUGAAGGCGAUCAAACAACACCUAGACCUUUGAUGACCGCACCCGUACUCGAGGAAGUAGCGAUCAAUGAAGAUGCUGCGAAUUUGAUGAAGAGCCCAGUAACUGCUAUUGAACCUGUCAAAGCACCUGAUAUGUCACCAGAACGAUUCAAGCAAAACUCCCGACUACUUGAGAGCGGUAUUAACAAAAUCAAGUCCAAGUCUCUUGAUGUUCACGGUUUCCGAAAGCUUCAAGGCAUGAUCCGAGAUAAUAAAGCCGCGUGGUCAGAAGAUAAAUUUGAUGUUUUACUUCUUGGCUUAUUUGAAUAUCUUGAAUCAAGUCUCGAAAACUUAGCUCCAGAAAAGGUUCUUGACGUCAAGGCGCAAAUUCUCGCAACCAUCCGAGUCAUGUACAAGAAAGAACGUGCCAACUUCGAACCUCAUAUUGCUAAAGGUCUCGAUUCCAUCCUCACUGCCCGCUCCGCUUAUGAUUCUCGCAUUCACAUUGUCUCCGGCCUCGAACUACUUGCCAACGAUCUCAUCACCCUCGCUCCACCCAAAGACACACUCACAGCAAUCACCACCCGUCUCCUCAACGAGAGUGAGAGCAUGACAACUGAAUCCUGUCGUGUUCUCUCCCUUGGUCUAUGUAUCCUCAAGGAGUUGCUCGAGGUUAAGGAAAAAUUCAUGCCGAGUGAGAAUGCGGUCAACGAGAUUGGUCGCUUGGCUGCCCGUUGUAUUGAGAGUACCGAGAGUGGCGUGAGACUAGAUGCCGUGUUACUUUGUGUGGGUAUUCAUGCGAGAGUGGGCGAUGCACGAUUUUGGAGGGCACUAGAAGAGGUGGGGGAUGGAACGAAGAGUUUGGUUACUUAUUACAUUGUCAAGAGGCAGAGGGAGUUGGAAUCUUAGAGCUUCUCUCGCGUCUAUUUUCUGAUUCUCCCCCCUGGCUAGGUCUAGUUUUGUAAAAGCGGUUUGAUGGAUGCGAUGGGAUUUUGAUUCUGGUUCUGAUUUGGGUGUGGGUUGUCUUCUUUAGGGUAUGGUUUGUAUGUCUUCUUGAGCAUACGGCGUGUGCAUGCGAAUGGGUGCUUUUCUGUGGCUGGAUAUUCUGAUUGGGAUUGCUGGAUGGAUGGAUGGAUGGAUG